ACAUCCUGUUGGCUACUCCUUCGUCAAUACCCUCCAAUUUCUCUCACUACCCAACACUUCUAAACAAGGUGUGAGAAGGCACCACUGCAAAAAAGAGGUUAAAGAAGAUAUGCUUUACUGCUCCAGAAACGGAAACAAGAGGCUUAUAUAGACCCCAGACUUGGUUUGAUUUACUAUGAAGCCAUGAUUUGCUGCCGCAAAGUUAACAUCAACACCUUGACUCUUGUGGUGAUCCUGCAGGGGACAGCAGCGGUGCUGUUCUAUGGCUGGUACAUCAGGAACUCAUUCCAUCACUCUGCUUCCCCUAAAGGCAAAGUCCACAUUCUGCUGCUGUCGUCAUGGCGAUCAGGUUCAUCCUUCCUGGGUCAGGUUUUCAGUCAGCACCCGUCUGUUUUUUAUCUCAUGGAGCCCGGUUGGCACGUGUGGACCAAAAAUCAUAAAUCUGGUGCAAAAGUUCUGAGAACAACCGUGAGGGAUCUUCUGUGGAGUUUAUACAAGUGUGACUUCUCAGUGAUGAAUGCAUAUCUACCAGGAAACCCUCUUUCAUCCUCAUUGUUCAUGUGGACUUGGAGUCAAGCACUGUGCUCGCCACCGGCCUGUCCCUUCAAAACAGCCAAUGAGAGUCAAUGCCGACAAGUAUGUCACGCUCAAAGCUUGAGCAAAGCACAGGAAGCCUGCCAGACAUACAGUCAUGUGGUUUUAAAAGAAACUCGUUUCUUUGAGCUGGAAUCCAUUUAUCCCCUUCUACAAGACCCUGUCCUGAACCUCCAUGUGGUUCAUCUCGUCCGGGACCCUCGGGCAGUUAUGCGAUCCAGGGACGAGUCGGCCUAUAUACUCCAUACAGACAGUGCCAUAGUGCUGGAGCAGAGAAAUGUGUCUUCUGCUGAGAGGCAGUACGAGGUCCUACGAGAAAUCUGCCGGAGUCACCUGAACAUUUAUGAGAGAGGGCUGCUAAACCCACCUCCAUUUCUGGAGGGUCGCUACAAGUUGGUCCGCUUUGAAGAUGUGGCACAAAACCCACUGACAGAAAUAAAUGACAUUUAUAAUUUUGUAGGUUUAAAGAUGACCCCUGAGGUGAAAGAAUGGAUCUACAAGAUGACUCAGGGAAAAGGGAAAGGUGGUUGGAACGAAGCUUUUAAAAUUACCUCCAGGAAUGCAGCUGAAGUUUCUGAGGCUUGGCGCACUGAGCUCCAGCACAUUAAGGUAAAAAAAAUUCAGGAAGUGUGUAAAGCAGCCAUGUUGCUGCUUGGAUACAAGACAGUUAACAGUGAAGGAGAGCAGAAAAGACUCAAUAUGAAGCUUUUAGUGCCAGGAGAACCAUGAAUUUAACUGAAACCUGUAGG